AUGGUAAUGCAUGCGAGGAAACCUCACCGAAUAAGCGAUGGGUACUUUGAGAAGCACCAGGCCCAUCCGUAUCAGCAGAAAUAUAAUAAGAGGGCCAAUGAUUAUGGAUCAUCUGACCGGUACGCACCUCUUCGAUCCCCCAAUGGGAACAUGUCCCAUGGCCAUGCUCACGGGCACACCGGACACUCUGGCCACACACACCAUCAUUACCAUAGCAUGGUUGACGAUCAGGGAUAUGUCACAUCAAGGAAUUCCUAUAUACCAAAAGGCUUAGAGAAGGAGAGAGAGCGAGACUAUAAAUCCUCUAGGCAUAAGUAUACAGAUGUCAGAUCACCUAAGGAGAAGCGUAAAGAUAGUGAAAGAGAAAAGAACAACCAUGAACGAAGUGAAUCUGAGAAAAAAAGUAGGACUAGUGGCAUGAACAGUAGUGUUAAUUCCAGUAGCAAAUAUUAUAAGAGAAGUGUGCUCGCAGGCCCCUCCAACAAUGAGUGGUCAGAACAUAUUAGUUCAUCAGGGAAAAAAUAUUAUUAUAACAGUGAACUUGAAGUGUCUCAGUGGGAGAAACCCAAAGAAUGGGAGCAUAGGAAGAACUCAUCCAAAGAUCACCAAGCAGCAUAUUCCUCUACAUCAUUUAGAAGCAAUCGCGAAAAGAGGUCGCGGUCGCGGCGGCGGGAAUCGGAGAAAUCUAGGAAACAGACGAACAGCACCUCCGACCGAUAUUGGAGUGGCUCCCGGGAGAAUGCCGGGGACCGCUCACGGACGAAGCAUACGCCGCAUGCCUCCCACGAUUCUAAAGAUGGCCAUCGCCUGCCUCAAGACAUGGACAUAUCGCCAGACAGGAGCACGUCCCAGUCCGACGGCUCGCAUGGCGUCCGGCAGGAUGUUCCCCCGGUUGUUGUUCUCGACAACUCUAACCAAACAAGUGGGUCAUUACUGGCCGCGGCGUUGCCUCGCAUCGUAGCUAUGCCGGUCGCGUCGACAUCGGGCCACCCUCCCGCCACGUGCAACAACGGUGCCUCGCCAGGCAAUCGCUCGACGCCCCAAAGGGACGCGGGUCCGCCGACUCCCACACACUCCGAGAACGUAGACCCCCACGCCCCGCCGCUGCACUUGGAGAACGCAUUACCCAGGAAAAUGGAGUGCCUGGGGAGCUAUUCGUCAGUGGUGGGCAGUCUGCAGCACGCGGUGCCGAUGCUCACGCCCUCCCUGAUCAACUACGUUCGUCCGGAGCUUACUGCGCACGUAACGAAUUGGCCGGCGGACAUUCUCGAGAAACAGGCAAACAAAUACAUGGAGGAGGCUUACCAGCUCGGCUGCCUCCAGUGCACCAGGGUUUCAGCUGAGCUCAAAUGCUCGCGCUCUAUAGUGAGACACACGGAGAUACAGGCCACGCUCCAAGAGCAAAAGAUAAUGUACCUUCGGCAGCAGAUUUCGCGGCUCGAAGAGUUGAAGUCGCAGAACUCAUUCAUGUCGGAAGACUAG